CGUUUGAACUUCCAAGUUUGUCUUGUCAAAUGUUUGUGUAUAUUAAAUCCGACUUAUCGGCCAGUAACAAUUAGAUUUAAAAGGAAAUUUGUGGCCUGGUGAAGUGGAGAUUGUGCGAAGUACAGUUUGUUCUGUUUUUUAGGUGUAACAUAUUAGUACUGUAAGCCGGAACUCAAACUAGUUUAUUCAGUUCGUGUGUUCUCAUAACGGAGACCGGCAGCCAUGUUGUAAAGAAUCAAGGCAGGCAUCAUGGGUUAAUGCAAGAUAAAUUAAUGCUUGAAAUUCGGGAAAACGGGUGUUGGGAAUGAACGGAAAGCGCUACGUUUAGUCGAGAAAUCGUGUUUUUUCGAAGACCGAUAACGUGAGGCGUCUAGUGCAGCGCUCGCGAUGUAUCUGCGCACGAAGUGAGUGCAACGUCGUGAUAGUUAGCGCAGGGAGUCGACUGCCUGGUAAAUGACUGCGAGCUCGAGUAUCCCUAAAUGUGGGAGGUGAAUUGAAAGAAUUCGGGAUACCGCUUUCCUAAAGUCUCGAUGCAACCAGUAAUGAACCCCGACAUGUAAUUUCCCCAACGCCUUGCAUGUAAACAAGCUCUCGUACUCGAAUUUUCUUUGGUCGCGAUGGCUGAAAUCCUCGGAAAAGACGAGGCCACGUACUCUAAAGAAAAAGCCGGUUUUCUUCGCGAUUUGCGGCAUUUUCACGAAGUGAGAGGCACACCGUUCAAACGAUGCCCUACCCUUGGUGGAAAAGAAAUCGACCUGUAUCUUUUGUAUUCCUUGGUCACUGCCGAAGGAGGAUGGGUUAAGGUUAACGCCAAACACUCCUGGAACAAUUACUGGCAGCACUUCAAGCUGCCCCUGAGUGUCAAUGGUUGUGUUGCUUUGAAGCAAAUUUACUUGAGAUUUCUCGAUCGAUGGGAAAAGGUGUACUUUCUAGGAGAAGAUGGUGAUCGUGGUAGUGACGACGAUGAGGAGAGCAGGCACAAGCGUUGGUCUGCCCGGGUCCUUCAUGCUACUCCACACAGUUACGUCUACUCCCAACAUAAUGUAUCAGAUGAGAAACGCGAACUUCAUCACUUAGACUUGAACACUUACAGGUCAUCUGACUAUGACAAACUGGCUCUCUCAUUAAUUUCGCCUUUGCCCAAUGAACAAGAUUUUGCAAUUAACGUCUGUACUUUACUUUCGAACGACAAUAGGCAUAAUUUGAAGCUGGAUAGACAUCCGAGGAUUGUUACGUAUUUGUUAGCGCAUGCCGGAAUUUUCAGUCACAGCUCUCUUCGGCAACUGUUCGUACAAGUAUACAAUGAUGUAAGAAAAAAACCUAUUCAUAAUUUCUGGAAUGAUGUGCUCGAAUCAGAUGAAUUUUUGGAUCUCACAAAUGAAACUAAUUUUUACACUCCAAAAGAGGAAGCAAAACCCUGUGAUACCUUAAUCAAGGAUGAUUCUCUACAGUAUGCCGACCUAGAUUCUGUAGAUGCGAACACUGAAAGACUGCCGAAGAAUCUGCGUGAAACUCGUGAUGCUGAUUGUGAAUGUGAAUUAGUUGAAGAUAGCUUAAAACCACCAAAGUAUUUUAAGUUUAAAUCGGACGCGUCGGAUAAAGAACUGUUUUGUUUAAGACGAACGUUAGGAACUCAGGACUAUGUAGGUCAGCGAGUGUUGCAAGUUGCUACUAUUUUGAGAAAUCUUUGUUUUGUGGAAGAUAAUGUGUCUGUUUUAACAAGGAAUUCUGCUUUUAUUAGGUUUCUGUUGUUAUGUUCGUGUUCUCAGUGGAGCUCAUUGAAGAAUUUAGGAUUUGAUAUGUUGGGCAACAUAGCAGCCGACCUGGAGCUUAAAGAUGGUCAAACGGAUAUCAUUGGGACUAGUAUACUUAAGAUUAUUAGUAGGAAUUUACAAAGUGACGAUCGCGCAUCUUGUCUCUCAUCCGUUGAAGUAUUAAAUAAGUUAAGCCAAAACGAGAAGAAUGAAGAUAUUCUCAUUCGAUGUUUGGAGUCCGGAGUAUACAAAAAAGUUUGCUCAUUCCUCACUAUACAUGAUGUAAUGUUGUUAAUUUACACCUUGGAAUGCCUUUACUCGUUGUCCUCGUUAGGAGAAAGGUCAUGUAAUUUUAUUGCUAACAAUCAUGGAGUAAUUGACACGUUGGUCUCACUUGUAACAGUGGAAGGUAAAAGUUAUGGACCAAAAGCAUGUAUUGGAAUGAAACUAGUCGAAACUAUACCAUCGGGCAGCCAGUUACAAACACAAAGCCAAACGUCUCAACAACAAUCGAGUCAGUCUACUGCUGCUGCUACUCCUCAACAAAGCGCAUCUACUACUACAACAGCAACCAAUACAAUCAUUGUCUCAAGUACGAUUACUUCGAUGGCAAGUUCUCCUCCAGCACCUGGCGUUACACCAGUAAAAGUCGUUUCAAAUCUUCCCAACUCACCUAUCAAAUCAGUUAUACCGUUAACUCCACAAAGGCUACUAGUUACAGCAACAACGGCGCCACCGAUGAAAACUGAAACGAUGAUUGUGAUGAGCACUAAGUCAACAGCGACUGUUGCUCCUACGGUUACUACCACUACACCGUUAGUGCCCGCACCUCAGGUUAUGCCAUCUCUUACGCCACAACAGCUGAUACAGCAGCAGCAUGCUCAUCAGCAAGCGAUUCAAGAAAACGAACAGUUUGCUUUGGCAUGGUUAAGGGCUACUUACGAGCCUUGUGGAUCAGGAAACAAAGUUGACCAUCAAGAAUUGUAUAAGCACUAUAUUAGCUCUUGUACGAAAAUUGGACGACGGGGUGUUAUAUCACCGUUGCAUUUUCCUAGAUGCGUUAGGUCAGUAUUCGGUGGAACAGUAGGUCCAAACCCAAUGAAACCAGCGAACCCGAAUGAUCCGCAGUACUAUGAGGGUAUCAAGGUGCGCGCCCAACCUCUUAAACUCAAUAUUCCUCCACCAUUAUCUCCACCAAAAUCCAUUUUCACUCCAUCACCAGCUCCCAAAUCAACGGUUCGUCGGAAACAGAAAACGGCCGCGGCACCAACAAAAAGUGGUACAAACGCACCAUUGGCUGUUGACGCCGAAUCGGAUGGGAGCUUGAAUAUUUUAUCUCCCGCCUCUCCUAUCCUGAAGGCUCAGCUGAGCGCUCCACCAAAGCCGCGCGAGAGCUCAAGCGCUAGCUCUACACUGAUCGCUCCAAGUGACUCUAAAAGUCAGGCAAUGGCUCAUCCUCACUUGAGCCAUGCUCUACUAGGUAGCACCACCUCAUCAUCAUCAUCUACAAUGUCAUCCAUGGCUACAUCAGUGACAACAACGACUAAGGCGGAAUUAAAACAAGAUCCUCAAGUUAUACACGCUGGUCAGAGUAAUAGCAGUUCGCUAAUAAAAAGCCUUCUGGCGACAAAGGUAAACGAUGCAUGCUUGUCGACAGUGAGCAUGAAGGCUGCCUCAACAGACUGCCAAAAUGUAGCCCAGGUGGCGGCUCGUCAACAGCGACUCCUUUCCCAACAAAACGCAGCGUCAACCGACGGCACCCCUAAGAACCAAAGCAGACUAGAUGCCCUAAAGAUGCAUAGAAUUAAUGGGGUACGACAACUGUUUACUGAUAAUGAAGUUGGUGAUCCGUCCGUGUCGUCGACGACCCAAUUCAUUACCAUAUCGAAAGGAAAAAAGGAACCGCCACAACCUCCUCCCCCGCCAUUAGCACCAUUUAGUAAUAAUCUAAAAUCCAAAACGCCGCCAAUUAUUAAUGAAGAUAGUGAUUCGUUGGGAAAUCAUUCACUUUCAUCUACGUCUGGAGUCGGCGCCAUUGGUGUUGUUUCAUCGACUGAAGAGAAUGAUAAUUCUUUAACUAGUUUUGAAGGUUUAUUGAAUGGCAUGCCUAUUGUAGAGGAAACUCUUAAUGAGAGCAGCAAUUCCAAAGAUUCCUUAAAAAUUAGUGGUAGUGAGAUUAGCAUUGACAAGCCUCUUAGAUUAGCUGAUUUGCUGGAGAAAAAAUUUGAUAAAAGUCCGAUAUUAAACGGCACAUUAAAUAAAGAUCUGAAGUUAGAAAAUGAACGAUCGGAGUUGUUAGAAAACCACAUUGAAAAAGCCUUAAGUAGGGAUAACAAUGAGCUUAAAAUGGAAGAUCUGAAAGUUGAUGCGAAUAGUGUCAAAGCUGAAGAUAAUUCAACUGAUGCUGACAGUGCAAAACGUGAGACUCAAGAGGGAUCGUUUCCAGAUAUGAAAUCAGAAACUGGUGAUAACAAGCAAGGUGUGAAACGUCACGCGACUGACUCAAUUGUUGAGGUCGAUGCAAAAAGACCGCAUUUAUCAGCUAAUGCGAAUGGCCGUGGAAAUAUUUGCCAUACUCCAGACACGUCGAGCACUAGUCGAGACGAACGACCGACAUCGGUUUCAACGGCUGCAGCCAAACUUUUUGCCGAUUUUGCUGCAGAUAUUUUGGAAGAUGAAGACGAGGAACAGUUAAUGCAGCAGACACAAACCGCUACUCCAGCAGUUGUGGAAUCGGGUAUGUCGCAGCAAUUAAUUGUGGACAACAACCAGCAGGUUUUACUGUCGCAACCCAGGCAGAUAAUCGUAUCGCAACCACAGAUUCACACUUCCAAUCAGUCGGUUGUUUUUUCAUCAGGAACUCCUAUAAAAACUGCAUCUGGUCAAACAGUGAUAGUGAAUGCGGGCGUUCAGCAAAGACAAUCAGUUCUUAUCCAGCCAACCAAUACAGGCCAGUUGUUGUUAUCACAGGGACUUCAAGGCCAAGUUCAAUUACUUCAAAGUAAUCAAGCUGGUCAAUACGUGAUUCAAACCAAUCCGUCGCAAGGGUACAUGGUGGCUCAGUCUCAGACAGCAGUUGUCCAUGGACAGCCUCAAACGGUGCUGGUUGCCCAGCAGGGUCAAAGCGUCGGAUCAAAGACAAUUAUCAUACUACAGCAGCAGCCUUCAGGUUCAGCCUCCCAUCACCAGAAAGUGAUGGUCACUCCACAGGGUCAGCAAGUGGUCGUCACUCAAGUUCCUAGGCCGAUCACGCAAUCGUCCACUAGUAAAUCGGCCAGACCAACACCAACGCCCUCACCAGCCUUAAGCACCGCUUCAACAUCUUCUUUAAGUAAUGGAGUCAAAGAGAAACUAGAAGAAAUUCCUCCGAAACCAAAAAUCAUCAGAGAUUUAACAACACCGUUUGUUUGCGAAUGGGGUGAAUGUGUAAUUGAUGUUAAGUUUAAGUCGGCAAAUCAAGUAUAUAUGCACGCAUGUGAAGAGCAUUGUCCGCAAGGCGAUGAAGAAGUUAUCUGCCAAUGGGACCGAUGCGACUUAUUAAAACGAAAGCGGUUUUCGUUAAUGACUCAUUUACACGACAAACAUUGUAAUGUAGAGGCGAUGAAACAAAGCCUGGUUCGGAGAAAAAAGAUUUCCCAGGGAAUAAACGUUGAACCACCUGCUUCCUCGCCAACCAGUCACCCUGGGUAUGCACCAGAUGCAGCGCUACAUGCGAUUAAAAGGCAUGCAUUGGACUUUGUAAAUCCGAAGGAACUGCAGAUCAAAACACCUAAGCAGGGCGCCACCACAACAAUAAAAGUUCCACUCCCACCUUCAGAUCAGGACGAUAACGAGGGGCCAGUAACCAAAAGCAUACGUUUGACGGCAUCAUUGAUUUUGCGGAAUUUGGCUAUUUACAGCAGCAAUUGCAAAAGAUACUUAAAGUCGUACGAAUCCCACCUAGCGAAUAUUGCGUUAAGUAACGUAGAAUCAUCGAGAACAAUAGCACAAAUACUUUAUGAUAUAAAUGACGGGACAACCCAUAGGUGACCUGUUUGUCCGAGUGAAAAGGCGUGAAUGUGAACCCUGUUAGAGUUAAGGAAAGUUGUAAAUUAUUUAAUGAAAUGUACAAAUGUUAGUAUAGUAGGUUGACAGCCUGUUGUUAUUUUUAUAUAAUUUACUAAGGUAAAUCGAAGGCUUUGAAUUAUGCGAACUGUUUGGACCUUUCUCUUAAAUAAACACUAAAACUGUUUUAUAUUCCUGUGCAAUUUAUUUUCGCAGUUAUAUUCUGAACAUGUAUGUAAAUACAUUAUGUAUUUUUGGUACUUUUUCCAUUUUACAUGUGAUAAAACACAUUUUUUUAAUUUAUUAUCAGUAUUAUCUGAAAUCAAAACAUUUGAAAGUAGUCCACCUGUUAUUUGCUUUUAUAAUGUUUAACUGUUUUUUCUCAGAUUAUUUUUGGGUGCAAUCUCACAUAUUGGAGAAUGUGUUUUACAGAAUGAUUAUUAUUUUCGAACCAAAUUACACACUUUUGGACAUUUAAGUAUGCAUUUAGAACCAUACCUUGCUAUAGUAGUAAAAACAUUCACAACGGCAGACACUCAUUGAAAUAAUGCUUUCAACACAAUUUGUGGACUAAAAAUUUUCAUGGCUCAUAACAUUCCUUGUCAAUAUUUUUUAUAACUGAAAUUUGUUUUCUUUUACUCAAAAGCUCGCGUGAAUGUUGGUACGCUGUUAUGCAAGUCGUAAAAGUGUAAUACUUUUUAUUUGUUUAAACCAGAUAUCACUCAUUUUUGUUAGAUACAAAUUCGAGAAAUAAAUAACAUGUGAUGUAUUUUCAAUGUAUCGAAUCUCUGUGGCCGAAUGCGAGUUAUAUGCAUGUAAAAACGGCACACACGGUCCCUGAACAUGUGCUUGCAUAUCUCCUUUUCUUAACCAUUAAAGCUGUACAUUUUUUAGAUUAUUGUCAAAGAAAAUAAACUGCAUUUAAUGUGUGUCUAUUUUUAA